AUGGCGAAGAUGUUUAGAGAAAGAGAACCACAGAUCAUUGACGAAUCAUCACUGAAGUUUGUCUCUGUUCUUGGCAGAGGAGGUUACGGCUCUGUAACUCUCAUGAGAGAUUCCAACCUCCGCUUGUUCGCAGAGAAGUCUUCUUCGUUCGAUGACUUGAGGAGUCUCGAGAAAGAACAUAGAAUCAUGCAACGUUUCGUGAUCAUCCACGCAUCGUCCAAACCAGGAGCCCUAAUCUUCACAUAG